AUGCUCUGUGACUUGGCUUUGCUGGUGUGGGCUGGUCAGGUAUACUACAGUACCUCAAGUAGGAGUGUAUGCGGUCCCGUGUAUGCGCACAUCACGGCGACACCCCACACAUAUGUAUCCCCCCAACAUCGACUGCCGCCGUCGUCGAGGCUGUCGUGCCUUGUGAUACGCUGCUACGUACCCAAGCAAGUCCGAGGUGGAUUUCACAAUGCCGUGACGGUGCCGCAGGUUGCAGAUUGCAGACAGAGUUCGGUGGAGUUUAGGGGACCGAGAGGAUCUACAACAAUCCGGGGCUUCGGGAUCUGGACGGCCACUUGUUCAGACCUCAAGGACCUCAAGGAAAGGGAUCAGCAUCCGGCCAUUCUACAUCUCAAGGAGCCCAAGGCGGCUCCCCACGGGGCAAUUGCUCGCCGGAGAAUAUGAGUUCAACAGUCAUCAUAGGAACCCCUGUUAAUGCAGCUCGUGUGAUCCAGGCACCUUUGGAACAUGGCUCGAAUUCAUUGCAAAAGAUGGGAUUUUGCGUCAAAGCGUACCUUAUUACUCAAUAAAACUGGGGAUCCAGGCCGCGGAAAUUUGGGGCAUCUGAUGGGACCAGUUUGUGAGUCUUUGCAAAAUGGGGUGUUUGCGGUAACAAGGAUUCUUACGGUAGCGCUACAUGGAGACGAGGAUGGGGUCUCCGAGCCGACCCCGAUGCCGUGCUCCGUCUCUGCCGCCCUGUAACUGAGUCCAUUCAAGACAUGCCGAGGCGAAGGGACGAGAAUUCCACGUUCAACAAUUGUGUUGGAGUGCGUACACUACAGAACCCACUUUCCGCCGCACCCACGACAUGACACCUAUCCCAUGUCAGAAGAUAGCUUCUAUCGCUCUGCUGAAGAUGAAGCCAUCCGUACCUAUCUUAAGGCAGAUAACAACACUGUCAUGGUCGGCCGGAACAACUUAUGAUGGAAUAAAUCAAAGUGUUUAUCUGUAAUGACUAGAACACUCCUAUGGCAUAAAGGUCAACAAAGG